AUGACAGAACAAAAACAACAUUAUAGAGGAAAGAUUGAUAAGUUGAGUUCAGAAGUUGUAGAUUCAAAUCCAUAUAGUAGACUUAUGGCUUUGAAAAAGAUGGGUAUUGUUAAUAACUAUGAGGAUAUUAGAAAUAAAAGUGUUGUAAUUGUUGGUCUUGGUGGUAUUGGUAGUGUAGCAGCGGAAAUGUUGACAAGAUGUGGUGUUGGAAAGUUAUUGUUGUUUGAUUAUGAUACCGUUGAGAUUGCCAAUAUGAAUAGAUUGUUCUUCAGACCGGAGCAAGCCGGUAUGACAAAGACAAAGGCUGCAAUGGAGACUCUACAAUCGAUCAAUCCAGAUGUCGAAUUUGAAACAUACAACUAUAAUAUUACUACUCUCGAUAACUUUAAUCAUUUCCAAGAGCGUAUUAAAUGCGGUGGUAUCGCUGAGGGUUCGCCAGUGAGCUUGGUACUCGGUUGCGUCGAUAACUUUGAGGCAAGAGUCGCUAUCAAUCAAGCUUGUUUGGAGUUGAAUAUGGAGUGGAUGGAGUCUGGUGUCUCGGAGAAUGCCAUCUCUGGACACAUCCAAUUCAUCAAACCCGGUGAAACCGCUUGUUUCCAGUGUGUUCCACCAUUGAUUGUUGCUAGUGGUAUCGACGAGCGUACACUCAAGCGUGAGGGUGUCUGCGCAGCAUCGCUACCGACCACCAUGGGUAUCGUCGCCGGUAUGUUGGUACAAAGCGCACUGAAGUACUUGCUUGGAUUCGGUGAGGCAUCGAAUCUACUCGGUUACAAUGCACUCCAAGACUACUUCCCAAAGGACACUAUCCGUCCCAAUCCAGAGUGUGUCAACAGCUUCUGUGUAAAACUACAAGCAGCCUAUCAAGAGUACCUAAAGAACAAACCUGUAGAAAUCAAACCAGUCGAAGAAAUUGUAAAACCAUCCACUGAGAAUGAAUGGGGAAUUGAAUUAAUUGAAGAAGAAGUUGUACCAACACCAACAACAAAACCAACUCAACAACCAAGUAAAGGAAUCGAAUUUGCAUAUGAAACAACACCAACUGUUGAUUUAUCAAAAGAAACAACAGUUCAAACAAAUGAAUCAACAAGUCUUUCUGAUUUAAUGGCAAAAUUAAAAUACAAUAGUAAUAAAAUAAAAUAA